AUGUCGAGAAAUCAAAAGAGACAAUUAAGAGAUCAGUUCAUAGAUUUUACACACACAACAUCAGCAAUAGCUGAACAAUUCCUCAAGUCAACAAACUAUGAUCUUGAAUUGGCCAUCAAUGAAUACUAUCUAUCCUACCAACCAUCGACUGAGCGCAAAGAUAACAAGAAGCUAGCUGCUAUUUUUGAUAAAUACAAAGACCCUGAUUCUGAUAUAAUAGGCAUUGAUGGGACUAUAAAGUACAUUGAAGAUUUAGGGUAUGAACCAGAAGAUAAAGUCGCUUUAGCGCUAGCUGAAUUCUUAGAAUCACCUUCUGCUGGUGUUUUCGAAAGAAAGAGCUUCAUUUUGAAAUGGCAAACCACACAUUCAGAGACGCUAGCUGAUAUGAAAAAACAUGUGCAGUAUCUGGAAAGGCAAAUGAGCACCAACGUUGAUUAUUUGAAAAGAAUCUAUGAGUUCACAUUUAAAUUUUCUUUAGAGGAAGGACAAAGAACUUUACCAUUGGAGACUGCUACUGAAUAUUGGAGACUAUUAUUAGGUCCAUUGUAUGGUGAUAAAAUCGAAAAAUGGAUUGCGUUUUUGAAUCAAGAAUGGAAACAAGCUGUUAGUAAAGAUACAUGGAACAUGUUUUUCAUUUUCCUUCAAGACUAUGAGAAAGAUCCAGAACUUUCCGAGUAUGAUGAAACCGCAGCAUGGCCCAGUAUUAUCGACGAUUUCGUCGAGUACAUCAAGGAAGGGAAAACAGAAUAAAUAAUUGGAUAAAUGUGUGCUUUUAAGCUGCAACUGAUGUAAUACGUCUACAUUAUUCGCGAAUGCAUUCUACG